AUGCCUCAUUGCAUUGCUUCACAGUGGGUCAUUUGGGAUCCUGACAUUGGUUCUCCAUGGAUAGAGGUGAAGGCUGACCGAGAAGCAAAACGGUUGAAGCAGAUGGCACCUAGUGAAAAUAAUGACAGAAGAAGGACAGAAGCUGGAACAAAUUCAGGGAACGCUAGCAAGUCUGCGGAUAAAAAGCCUGCACCUAAAGAGCCACCAAAAGACUACAUCCAUGUGAGGGCUAGAAGAGGUCAAGCAACGGAUAGCCCUAGCCUCGCAGAAAGAGCGCGACGGGAGAAGAUAAGUGAACGGAUGAAAGUUCUUCAAGAUAUUGUCCCUGGAUGCAACAAGGUACAUGUUGAACCCCAUGGAUUCAAAGCUCUGCGUUGUCAUGCUUUUAGUUCUCAAUUACCAUUUAUCGGGAAAGCAUCAGUCCUUGAUGAGAUAAUAAAUUACAUCCAGUCUUUACAGCGUCAAGUGGAGUUUUUGUCCAUGAAACUUGAAGCGAUUAAUGCUCAUAUGAACAAUGCGACUGUAGCUUUUCCAACGAAAGAUAUUAUAGGACCAGUACAUUGUUGA